AUGGAUUUCUUUUCCGAAAUUAUCGGCGAGACUGUGAUCCUUGGAAUCGAUUCACUAAUUCUAGGUUUCUGUGUAAAACAGCUGAGUAAAUGUAAACAUAUCUUAAAUGCCCUACAAACAGCACCAGUAUUGGAUAUAGACUCUACUUUGAACAAGGAACUUAAUAAGUAUCCUAACAACAUUAUCCCCUAUGUUGUUAUCCGGGGACUGGUGAAACCGCUUGGGAACCCCAUCACUAGUAAUUAUAACAAUUCUGUUACUGGGGUCGUACAGAGGCUAACAAUAAAAGAGCAUGUGAUAGCCAGAACAUCUGCAGGGUUUUGGUCAGACCAGACUCGCACAAUACAUGAGGUUUGUAACUCCACACCAUUUGUGCUGAACAAUGGCAAGUACAGCAUUGAGGUGGUGGAUGCACUUGCAGCUGAGUUACUGGAUAUGGACGUAAUAUCUGACAAGUUUGAGCCUAUGUCCCCGGGGGUCAUCGACCAUGUGUGGGGCUUCUUCUCUGGAGUGCGACAGCGCGGUCUCCAGACUAUGGAGGAAAUGUUGCGAGAUGGAUCUUACAUCACUGCUAUAGGCGAGCUUAGCAAGGACCACAGCGGGACACUCAAAAUACAACCACCCAAGGAUGGGUUACCUUUAUAUUUGACAACUGCUACUAAGUCCAGCUUGUUGAAGAGGUUGGCAAGCUCAAGGGACUUUUUAAGGGUAUUACUAGUGAUAUUCGGUACCGUGGCAAUGGCGGCCUCGUGUCGCAUAGCGUACAAGUACAUAAAGCGACGCAAGCGCCGCGCGCUGGAGGACAACAUGAAGCGCCAGCUGGCGGCCGGCCGGAGGGAGCGGAGGGCUCACGCCAGGGAGAAGAACCUCACUGAGGUGCAGCUUUGCGUUGUGUGCACGGAGAAUCCUAAAGAGAUUAUUUUACUCCCCUGUGGUCACGUAUGUUUAUGUGAGGACUGCUCAGACAACAUAACAGACAACUGCCCCAUUUGCCGCGAGAGGAUAGAGUCCAGAGCUCCCGCCUUCAUUACGUAG